AUGAGUCGACUGCCUCACGUGACUUGUGAGUCGACUCAAAGCGCGCCUCCAUCUCUGUGCCGUAUUGAGCCCCACGCUCCUCUCCGUCUCAGUGCCCUUGUCGCUCUGCCUCACGUGACUUGUGAGUCGACUCAAAGCGCCCCUCCAUCUCUGUGCCGUAUUGAGCCCCACGCUCCUCUCCGUCUCAGUGCCCUUGUCGCUCUGCCUCACGUGACUUGUGAGUCGACUCAAAGCGCCCCUCCAUCUCUGUGCCGUAUUGAGCCCCACGCUCCUCUCCGUCUCAGUGCCCUCGUCGCUCUGCCUCACGUGACUUGUGAGUCGACUCAAAGCGCCCCUCCAUCUCUGUGCCGUAUUGAGCCCCACGCUCCUCUCCGUCUCAGUGCCCUCGUCGCUCUGCCUCACGUGACUUGUGAGUCGACUCAAAGCGCCCCUCCAUCUCUGUGCCGUAUUGAGCCCCACGCUCCUCUCCGUCUCAGUGCCCUCGUCGCUCUGCCUCACGUGACUUGUGAGUCGACUCAAAGCGCCCCUCCAUCUCUGUGCCGUAUUGAGCCCCACGCUCCUCUCCGUCUCAGUGCCCUCGUCGCUCUGCCUCACGUGACUUGUGAGUCGACUCAAAGCGCCCCUCCAUCUCUGUGCCGUAUUGAGCCCCACGCUCCUCUCCGUCUCAGUGCCCUCGUCGCUCUGCCUCACGUGACUUGUGAGUCGACUCAAAGCGCCCCUCCAUCUCUGUGCCGUAUUGAGCCCCACGCUCCUCUCCGUCUCAGUGCCCUCGUCGCUCUGCCUCACGUGACUUGUGAGUCGACUCAAAGCGCCCCUCCAUCUCUGUGCCGUAUUGAGCCCCACGCUCCUCUCCGUCUCAGUGCCCUCGUCGCUCUGCCUCACGUGACUUGUGAGUCGACUCAAAGCGCCCCUCCAUCUCUGUGCCGUAUUGAGCCCCACGCUCCUCUCCGUCUCAGUGCCCUCGUCGCUCUGCCUCACGUGACUUGUGAGUCGACUCAAAGCGCCCCUCCAUCUCUGUGCCGUAUUGAGCCCCACGCUCCUCUCCGUCUCAGUGCCCUCGUCGCUCUGCCUCACGUGACUUGUGAGUCGACUCAAAGCGCCCCUCCAUCUCUGUGCCGUAUUGAGCCCCACGCUCCUCUCCGUCUCAGUGCCCUCGUCGCUCUGCCUCACGUGACUUGUGAGUCGACUCAAAGCGCCCCUCCAUCUCUGUGCCGUAUUGAGCCCCACGCUCCUCUCCGUCUCAGUGCCCUCGUCGCUCUGCCUCACGUGACUUGUGAGUCGACUCAAAGCGCCCCUCCAUCUCUGUGCCGUAUUGAGCCCCACGCUCCUCUCCGUCUCAGUGCCCUCGUCGCUCUGCCUCACGUGACUUGUGAGUCGACUCAAAGCGCCCCUCCAUCUCUGUGCCGUAUUGAGCCCCACGCUCCUCUCCGUCUCAGUGCCCUCGUCGCUCUGCCUCACGUGACUUGUGAGUCGACUCAAAGCGCCCCUCCAUCUCUGUGCCGUAUUGAGCCCCACGCUCCUCUCCGUCUCAGUGCCCUCGUCGCUCUGCCUCACGUGACUUGUGAGUCGACUCAAAGCGCCCCUCCAUCUCUGUGCCGUAUUGAGCCCCACGCUCCUCUCCGUCUCAGUGCCCUCGUCGCUCUGCCUCACGUGACUUGUGAGUCGACUCAAAGCGCCCCUCCAUCUCUGUGCCGUAUUGAGCCCCACGCUCCUCUCCGUCUCAGUGCCCUCGUCGCUCUGCCUCACGUGACUUGUGAGUCGACUCAAAGCGCCCCUCCAUCUCUGUGCCGUAUUGAGCCCCACGCUCCUCUCCGUCUCAGUGCCCUCGUCGCUCUGCCUCACGUGACUUGUGAGUCGACUCAAAGCGCCCCUCCAUCUCUGUGCCCUAUUGAGCCCCACGCUCCUCUCCGUCUCAGUGCCCUCGUCGCUCUGCCUCACGUGACUUGUGAGUCGACUCAAAGCGCCCCUCCAUCUCUGUGCCCUAUUGAGCCCCACGCUCCUCUCCGUCUCAGUGCCCUCGUCGCUCUGCCUCACGUGACUUGUGAGUCGACUCAAAGCGCCCCUCCAUCUCUGUGCCCUAUUGAGCCCCACGCUCCUCUCCGUCUCAGUGCCCUCGUCGCUCUGCCUCACGUGACUUGUGAGUCGACUCAAAGCGCCCCUCCAUCUCUGUGCCCUAUUGAGCCCCACGCUCCUCUCCGUCUCAGUGCCCUCGUCGCUCUGCCUCACGUGACUUUGCCCUCGUCGCUCUGCCUCACGUGA